CCUGGCGGCCCGGUUUAAUACGGUACAAUGACCUCACAGGCCACAUCGCUCAUUAUCGUUACCACCAUUAACCCACCACCAUUACUUCCAUUACUUGUACAUACAUAGCUACGUGCCUACAUACAUAUACCCAAUCUUGCACAUCUUAGCAAAAAUCACACAUCAUAAAAUGCGACAACGAUACUUGUUCCUCUGAGCAACAUUCGGUUGGCUUUCUUUUCUUCCUCUUCCUCUCCCUCUCCCUCUCCCUCGUCCCCUUCUUCCGUCGUUGUGCUUUUCUCGAACCAAGCCCGACACACACUUCCUAUGGCCACCUCGGCAAGACGACGAGCAAUUGACCAGGCACAGCAAACAACUGGAGUGGCCGUAGCCAUCGACUCGAGCCCUGUCCGGGAGGCUCCUUGAAUGGCCGACCCACCACCCUCCUACUCCUCUUCCUCUUCCUCUCCUCCAUCCAAAAACGAUUCCGAAAAGCCUCGUCCCCCUGUCGUAGCCGUCUCCCUUUUGCAGCCUCGUGUUGCCGUUGCCCUCGGUGUGCCCAAACGUUGGCAUUAUACCCUCUCAGUCUGCCGUCUAUUGUCCAUUGUACCUCCUAUUUGCUGGGGGGUGCGCUUUACUUUACGGUUCCUACUCGCUGAUCUGCUACGCCUAUCUGACCAGCGAAGCCAUGACCGUGAUGCCGCCACUUUUACUCUGAGGUUGACCGAGACGGCUUUGGCCGUCAUUUGGUGUUGCGCCUCAGCAUAUCUCGCUUUCUUCUUCACCGACUGCCUCAUGUCACGCUGGCUCAUUAAUUACACCCCGCAAGCGACAGUCGUCCGUCUUUUCACCAUUAGUUGCGCCUUUGCUUAUCUGACCUCGUGGAUCGUUUUCCUAACGGGCGGAUCUCAGGAUCCUGGAUUGCUGCUGCCGGCUUGGAUCGGUAUUGCUACCAUAUUGACCGCAUGCUACCACUAUACUCAACGCAAGAUUAAGAUCCGUAAGGAGACCUUUGCUAGCAUUAGCGUAUUCUCCAUUGCGAGCUUCAUCAGCAUGGUUGCUUUAUUGCUCCAUUCACAUUCGAUGAGGGUUGGAUAUCAGAAUGUACCAUUGGUUGCGUUGGUCAAGCGAGGUUCGCAAAUUGCGUGUGAAAUCGUUUUUUGCGUCCUCGGCGUGACUAGGGACAUAGACGGGUUAUAAUAUGGAGAUGCGUCGUUGCUCUAUGUUCUUUCCUUCGUUGUGCUUCCGUUAGCCACUACUCGCACGUUGAAACAUCUCAUUUGGCUGGAUUCCCGCGAUAUUUACACCCGCACCUUUCGAUACCUACCUAGGUAGGUAUCCAUUGACCCAGCAAUCGGCGGCGGCAGCUAAGAACUUAAGAUAGACUUGUUCUGUGAUGAAGCGGAGACGCUGUCUUGAAAAGAGUACUCUAGGCUAGGCGCGGGAUGCCUUUCUAAAAUGACAUGGUCACCCUUCAAGCCCUCUCUUAUUGUGCUGGAUGCCUGUGAGCUGCGUCUUGGGCCAUGAUCUAGUUCGUGCGUAUCACCCUUACCCGUAUAGAAAGAUCCAGUGAUGAUAGCGAAUGACGCAUCACGCUAAUAAGAGAUGUCCGAAUAGGAAGACUAUGUUAACAACACCCACUAUGGUUGACCAUAUCAAAAAC